AUGACCAGUGGGGCGUACCCGGACAAGCCUCGGCAUGUGCUGUGUUUCAGUGUCAGUGUGCCUCAUCCGUUGAACGUCAAGCCUCAAGGGAAUGCGCUUAUGGCCGAUACCGAGCGUCUAGAACAGUACCGCCGCCAUGGACUUGGCCAUCUAUCUAUCUGGCCCGAUGAGCUUGUGAUGACCCUAUUGGGAUACCUUGACCAGCAAGAUUUGCUCCUGAUGAGCCACACGCUGAAAAUGAUGUAUGCUUUUGGCUACGAUGAAGAAUUAUGGAAGAAAGUGGUGGUCGCUCAAACGGGAGAGAAGGAAGAGCCGCAGUGGAAGGGGCUGUGGCGACUCACGGCGCUUCAACUCGAUCCUCAGUACCAGGCUAACAUCUUAUUAGAGGAUAACCAGCUAUGCAGCGACGUGGUGUACCGUCCGUUCCAGUGUUCGCAAAUCGACUACCCUCGUUUAUUUGCCAAAAUCAUCGCUGAAGAGGAAGUGUACCACCGAGACCUGCUCCAAGGGUGUCUUCGAGACCUUCCUCCAGGUAGAAUUGCUCGAUUCCUGGAGAAUGACGUCGAUAGUGCUCGGUUUAACUCAGAGCUUCACGAUACCCCGUUCAUCCUUACCAACAGUGAUAGCAACCGCUGGCCGCGUUGGGACGCUACUGAGUUACUUAAACGGUUUGGUAGUGUCCAGUUCCGCCAGGAAAUGGUCCAGUGGAGCCUUGCUACCUACUGUAAGUACAUGGCCAACAACCGCGACGAGCUGCCAUUAUACCUCUUUGACUGCGCCCUGCCGGCGAUGAAGACACUUAUACACGAGUACAAGCCUCCCCAGAUCUUCAGUGACGAUAUGUUUACUGUAUUUAGUGGCGAACAGGGUAAUUGUCGCCCUGACCACGCCUGGCUCAUCGUGGGGCCGCAACGGCUGGGGCUGACGUUCCACAAGGAUCCCAACUACACGCUGGCGUGGAACACAGCGCUAACAGGUCGCAAAUUGUGGGUGAUGCUUCCACCGGACGUGGUCCCGCCUGGGGUGGGCACUGACGGUGAUGAGAGCGAAGUCACUAGUCCCGUGGGUAUGGCCGAGUGGGUGCUUCUGGGGUUCUUUAACGAUGCCCUCAAGAUACCGCUGAGCCAGGUGGGGGUUACUUUCCCUGGGGAGUGCAUGUACGUGCCGCUGGGGUGGUGGCACGCCGUCAUCAAUUUGGACGACCUGGUGGCGUUGACGCAAAACUUUGUGCCGCCGCUGAAAUUGACCAAUGCCCUCCGGUUUAUGAAGGAUAAGCCUCACCAGUUGCUGGGGUUCCGACCUAACCGGGUGGCGAAAGUGGUGGAGAAAGUGGUUGCAGAGAACGAUGUGCCUGAGCUUAGGCAGUUCUUGGAGAAGAUGGCUUCAGCUAACGUUGAUGGCGAUGAGGACUGCGCUGAGCUUGGCUGUGACCUCGAUAUUCCCGUGUACACGUUAUUCUGCCAAUUAAUGGAGCUCCUGGGGAGGAAAGAAGUGCUUGAUAAGGCGCUUGCCAGUGUUAAGAAGACGUCUGAGGCCCAACCCCUGAGGUGGCAGCAACUCACUGCCGUUGAAGGGACAGGGUUCUCGUUUGGCCUUGUCGUCGACUAA